UUCCCUUCCUCUGCCCUCCCAGUUCCCUCUCCCCUCAAGGGGGGCGUGUGCAGGCUGCCUGUUGCUUUGUUGUCUCUCCCCCACUCUUUCCUCCUCGGCCCGUCAAAACGAUGGACGAUAGCCCUCUGCAGGUGUUGUCUGUGCCCACUGCCCCAUACCCAGACCAGAGGCCUGGGACCAGUGGUUUGAGGAAGAAGGUCUAUGUUUUCCAGUCCAACAGGGACUACCUCCAAAACUUCAUUCAGAGUGUCCUCUCCUCCAUAGAUCUGCGCGACCGCCAGGGAUCCACCCUAAUUGUCGGUGGAGAUGGACGAUACUUCAACCGGGUGGCCAUCGAGGUGAUUGUGCAGAUGGCAGCAGCAAACGGGGUAGGUCGUGUCGUAAUCGGUCAGGAUGGGAUCAUGUCCACGCCGGCCGUGUCAUGCGUGAUCAGAAAGAUGAAAGCCAUCGGAGGUAUCCUACUUACAGCUAGCCACAACUCCGGAGGGCCCAAUGGAGACUUUGGCAUCAAGUUCAAUAUAUCCAAUGGUGGCCCUGCUCCAGAAGCCAUCACCAACAAAAUCUUCCAACUCAGCAGGACCAUUGAGGAAUAUGCCAUAUGCCCAGAGCUCAGGGUGGACCUGGCUACUCCGGGGAAACAAACGUUUGAUCUGGAGAACAAAUUCAAACCCUUCACAGUGGAAAUUGUGGAUCCAGUUGAAUCGUAUGCAAAUAUGCAGCGAAAUAUAUUUGACUUUGCUGCACUGAAGGAAAUGCUUUCAGGCCAUAACCACAUAAAGAUCCGUCUAGAUGCCAUGCAUGGAGUAAUGGGACCCUACCUGAAGAGGAUACUGUGUGAGGAACUUGGCUGCCCUGCCAAUUCAGUCAUCAACUGUGUCCCCCUAGAGGACUUUGGGGGACAGCAUCCUGACCCAAACCUCACCUACGCUGCGGAGCUGGUCGCGUCCAUGAGGAGCGGCCAGUAUGACUUUGGGGCAGCCUUUGAUGGUGAUGGUGAUCGUAACAUGAUCGUGGGGAAGCAUGGCUUUUUUGUCAACCCAUCAGACUCGGUGGCUGUCAUCGCUGCGAAUAUUUUCUGCAUACCUUACUUCCAGCACACAGGGGUGAGAGGGUUUGCAAGAAGCAUGCCAACAAGUGCCGCCCUUGACAAUGUGGCGAAGGCCAGCAAGAUUCAGCUGUAUGAAACACCGACAGGCUGGAAGUUCUUUGGGAGUCUGAUGGAUGCCGGCAAGCUUUCCUUGUGUGGCGAGGAGAGUUUCGGCACAGGCUCUGAUCACAUUCGUGAGAAAGACGGGCUGUGGGCUGUGCUGGCAUGGCUCUCCAUAUUGGCCACCAGGAAACAGAGUGUGGAGGAGAUUGUGGCGGAGCACUGGCAGACAUAUGGGAGGAACUUCUUCACCAGGUAUGACUAUGAGGAAGUCGAUAUUCUCGCAGCUAUUGAGAUGAUGGAAGAUCUAGAGGCCAUGAUGUCUGACAAAGCAUUCAUUGGACAAAGUUUCUCGAUGGAUGAAAAAACAUACAAGGUUGAAAGGGCAGACAACUUUGAGUACAAUGACCCAGUGGAUGGAAGCAUAUCAAGGCAUCAGGGGUUGCGAAUCAUCUUUUCAGAUGGUUCCCGAGUCAUCUUUCGCUUAAGUGGAACAGGCAGCUCUGGGGCCACUAUUCGCCUCUAUGCUGACAGCUAUGAAAAUGAUGCAAGAAAAAUAUUCCAAGACUCACAAGUGAUGUUGGCCCCUCUAGUGAAUCUGGCUCUCAAGCUGUCGAUGCUUCAAGAGAGGACGGGUCGCAACUGCCCCACCGUCAUCACAUAAGCCUAGGCCCUAUACCUUUUUCAAUAGGCUACACA